AUGAACUUAAGAGUCGAAAUUAUUUGUGUUGAGGCAAAGUUUCGAAUUAUGCAUUCGAAUAUGUCUCAACAAAAACAAUUCGAUAUAUUUGAAAGUAUAACGCAAUUUGAUGGCAAUGAGAUCAAGACUGUAUUGGGUGCGAAAGCAACAGCUUGCAAGCGCAAGAGUUACGCCGACUCUUGCUUUACUUUUUUGCGCUUUAAUUGUGGUUUUGAGCUGUUUAAAGUCGCUAGCCGUGCCGACGCAGAGCCCUUUGCACCUGUACAUGCAUGCAGCGGGGCUGUCGUAGCUUAG